AUGGCUCUCCCUAUCAUUGUAAAAUGGGGUGGACAGGAAUAUUCAGUGACCACACUUUCAGAAGAUGAUACUGUGCUGGAUCUCAAACAGUUUCUCAAGACCCUUACAGGAGUGCUACCAGAACGACAGAAAUUACUUGGACUUAAAGUUAAAGGCAAACCUGCAGAAAAUGAUGUUAAGCUUGGAGCUCUCAAACUGAAACCAAAUACUAAAAUCAUGAUGAUGGGAACUCGUGAGGAGAGCUUGGAAGAUGUCUUAGGCCCACCUCCUGACAAUGAUGAUGUUGUCAAUGACUUUGAUAUUGAAGAUGAAGUAGUUGAGGUAGAAAAUAGGGAAGAAAACCUACUGAAAAUUUCUCGCAGAGUGAAAGAAUACAAAGUGGAAAUUUUGAACCCACCCAGGGAAGGGAAAAAGCUUUUGGUACUAGAUGUUGAUUAUACGUUAUUUGACCAUAGGUCUUGUGCAGAGACUGGGGUAGAAUUAAUGCGACCAUAUCUUCAUGAAUUCCUAACAUCUGCAUAUGAGGAUUAUGACAUUGUUAUUUGGUCUGCUACAAAUAUGAAGUGGAUUGAAGCUAAAAUGAAAGAGCUGGGAGUGAGCACAAAUGCAAAUUACAAGAUUACCUUCAUGUUGGACAGUGCUGCUAUGAUAACAGUGCAUACGCCAAGGAGAGGAUUAAUAGAUGUCAAGCCUCUUGGCGUUAUAUGGGGGAAGUUUUCAGAGUUUUACAGCAAAAAGAACACCAUUAUGUUUGAUGACAUAGGAAGAAAUUUUCUAAUGAACCCACAGAAUGGACUAAAGAUAAGGCCUUUUAUGAAAGCUCAUCUAAAUCGAGAGAAAGACAAAGAACUUUUAAAAUUAACUCAGUACCUCAAGGAAAUAGCAAAAUUAGAUGACUUUUUGGACCUAAAUCACAAAUAUUGGGAAAGAUACCUCUCAAAGAAGCAAGGACAGUAG